GGGAAGGGAGUACCUGCGUGUGCCGGAGAGGGCGUGGGAGGCGGCGGCGGCAGCGCGCACACGGGGCCCGUACUGAUGCCCAGUGUUUGGUCUUUGCAGGCAGAGGCGGUGUGGUUGAGGAAGGGAGGGGGUGCAGGUGACGGUGCCGAUGAUGCCACUUCCGCUGCCUCUGGCCGGCCUGCGUGCCCCGUGUGCGGCGCCGCCUUCUCCUUCCAGUCGCAGCUGCGGCGCCACGUCCGCUACGAGCACCCCAAUGUCGACGCGCAGCGCAUCUUGGCCGGGAGCUCGGUGGCGGCGGCGCAGCACCAGGAGGACCUGCUCAUGGAGAUGAAGGAGGAGGCGACGGGGGACAACGCCCCCGUGCCCAUCAACCUGAGCUGCAUCUGGUGCGACUGCGACUUCAACGUGAAGGAGGCCUACGACGAGCACCUGGACGAGCACAACAAACAAGCCUACCAACAGUACCUGGAGACGCUGCUGGAGCCCUUCGAGGGCGCCGAGAGCGUCGUCAUCGACAAGGUGGAGGAGCAGGGGGACAGUGGAGGUGAGGGGGGCGAAGAGGCUCCCGCGGGCGAGGGCGGGGCGCCGCGGAAGAGGCCGGCGCCAGACAGCAAGGACACUGACAAGUUGAGAAAAACCAAAGCGAGCCGAGGCGCUGACCAGGACGGUCUGAAGUGUGCAUACUGUGGUUUCUCGUCCCUCGUGAGCGUGUCGAUGGAGCGUCACAUGGACAAGUGUCACGACAGCGUGGCGAGGCAGUGCCGCCUGUGCGGCGAGCUGUGCAAGGAUGCCUCGUCCCUCAAGGUGCAUGUGGUCCACCACUUCAACGGAGUGAUGACGUGCCCGGUGUGUCCGGUGCGGUUCUCCAUCAGGGACCACUUGCUGGCCCACCUGGACCUCUGCCACAAGUCGGGGUAUGCGAUCAGCUGCUCACACUGCAAUUUAAGUUUUAAUGAUUACGAAAGUUUUGAGGCUCACGAGGCCCGCGAGCACGGGCGUGGGGGCGUUCGGGUGUGCGAGCUGUGUCUGAAGGAGGUGCUGGCCUUUGACUUCCACAAGCACAUGCUGGACCACGAGGACGUUGCCCUGGCGAACGGCGAGACGCAGCCGCACGCCUGCAACCUGUGCCGCUCCAGCUUCAUGUUCGCCACGCAGCUCUACCACCACAAGUACAAGGACCAUCCCGAGUCGUUCGCCUACAAGUGCGACGAGUGCGAGCGCAAGUUCCGCACCGAGUGGAUGCUCCUGUCCCACAAGUGGGGGCACAAGUACGGCUCGCACCAGUGCCCCGCGUGCAAGCUCAAGUUCCGGCAGGUGGACCAGCUGAAGAGGCACUUGUUGGGCGCGCACCCUGAGGUGGACGGCUUCUGCUGCAAGUACUGCCCGAUCACACUCAAGAACUACUCCACGUACGUUCAGCACCUGAAGUUCAAGCACCCGAAAGAGGCCGGCUAUGACAAGCGGCCAGUGAGAUGCAAGAUCUGCGGGGAGUCCUUUGCUCACAAAGUUCAGUGGAAGUACCACAUGCGCAACCACAGCCAAGCCAUGCAGACGUGCGAGGUGUGCGGCAUCACAGUCAAGAACCUGGAGAUCCACAUGAACCUCCACACCAAAGAGAAAAAGUACGAAUGUCGACAGUGUGGAGCAGUGUACCACAACAAGGCCAGUUUCCACUUCCACAUGAAGCGGGUUCACAUGGGGCAGGAGGUGCGGAAGCACAUCUGCCACACGUGCAAGAAGGGUUUCCUCACCCCCGCCGACCUGCGCAUCCACCUGUCGCGCGUCCACCACGGAGAGAGGAACUACUGGUGCACGACGUGCAGCAAGGGCUACAAGAGCAAGGUGUCCCUCACGUACCACCAGAGGCUGCACACGGGGGAGAGGCCCCACCAGUGCACCCUGUGCGGCAGGUCGUUCCGGGUGCCAUCCUACCUCAAGCGCCACAUGGAGCACGACCACCGCGCGCAGUACCCGGGCGUCUAUUUCAAGCAGGGGCGGCCCAAGAGCCAGGAGCAGCGCGGCCAGCCCCGCCGGCGCAACGCGCAGCAGGCCGGCCAGGAGGACGCGCGGGCCACGGAACUUGCCGAGGGGCUGGAGGACGGGUCGGCGCCCAUUCCCGAGAUAGUUCAGAUCACCGUGCCCAUGGAGAUGGGCGGCGAGGUCAUCUCGGCCGUGGGCAGCGUGCAGGACCUCGGCCAGGGCCAGAGCUACGACGUGGAGCAGGACGGGGUGGUCUACGUGGUCUAUGAGAGUUAAAAUCGGAAACUGAAAAUUGUUUAUUUUUUUCUUUAUUUAUUUUUGUUUACAUUUCAUUGUUAUGCAGGGGGAUGUGGGAAGAUUAUGAUCUUUUCUUAUGUUUAUUUUGAUGGAAGUACGUUAUUUAAUUAAAAAUUCAAAUAACUUAUCUAUUUUUUGCAGUGUAAAUUUUCAGUCUUGUGUCAUUCCCAAAGGUUUAAAUUCAGACACUGAUCCAUAUGUAAGGAUGAAAAACUUUUACAAUCCCAGUGAUGAGGUAAUUUUUGCAAUAAAGGUCUUAUGAAAAUUA